UUGCUCAUGAACGCGGGUCGGUCAAACGCUCCCUUAUAUGCCAGAAACCCAAAAAGGCAAGAUAUAUCGGUGGAUUUGGGAUUAGGGUUUCCUGAUUUUUUGAUCGCAAGAUGUUGGAAGUGGUGUUGAAUGAUAGGCUAGGGAAGAAGGUGAGAGUGAAGUGUAAUGACGACGACACCAUCGGAGACCUGAAGAAGCUGGUGGCGGCGCAGACCGGCACUAGAGCCGAGAAGAUAAGGAUACAGAAGUGGUACACCGUAUACAAGGAUCAUAUCACUCUUAAGGAUUAUGAGAUUCACGAUGGCAUGGGCCUCGAGCUCUAUUACAACUAAAAGGUGCAGUAGCCAUGUAAAUCCAUUGGAACCAAGAUGACUUGGGAUCUUGGAGGGAUGCUGUUGUUUCAUUUUACUUUUCACAGUUGGCUUGUGAAUCCAAUGUGGUGUGAAAACAUAAUGUUUUAUCCAUAAGAACUGUUAUGACUUUGUUGAAUUGGCAGUAGUACUACUUGUUUUAUGCUGGCAUGUAGCCAGUUACUCCUUCCUUUUAGCAGUUGAAAUGCUGGUAUACUAUUAUAUGAUUAUGAAUUGAAAUGUUCUGUAAAUUUAGUUCAA